UCUGACGACGAACGUAACACACAGUCGGUGCUUUCCCUUGGACCUCCGGCUGUUGUAAACACGCCCGUCCUUGUGAGAUAACGGCAGUUCCAAAACCAAGGUGUACCCGGAGACUUGUAUGACAGACAAACAUCAGCUGUAGUGUUAAAAUAGGCUGUGCCUGAGAAAAGAUGUGAGACUGGCUGAGGAGAACCCGACUACACUCACCACAUGGAGGACUUCCUCCGUUCAUCCAGGCAGGGCUUGGCCAAGGUGUCUGAUUAUGGAAAGGUCCAUUUUGUGAUUGGUAAUGAAGCCUGUGACUUGGACUCUGCUGUCAGUGCGCUGGUAUAUUCCUUCUACCUCUACAAGACUGGCACCACUGACUGCUUGUUUGUUCCGGUUCUUGCCAUCCCACGGUGCCAGUACCAACUCCACACAGAGAUCACAUACCUCCUGGGUAGGCAUGAUAUACCUCCAGACCUCCUCACUUUUGCUGAUGAUGUGGACCUUGCAUCACUUGCUCCACACCUCCAACUCACAUUGGUUGACCACCAUGUGCUGAGGACCCAGUUGUCCCCCCUGGACCAGUAUGUUGUCUGUGUGAUUGACCAUCGACCAGUAGAGAAGCACUUGGACAAGAGAGUGUCAUGCACCAUUGACCUCGUGGGGUCAUGCUGUACACUGGUCACAGAGGAAAUAGCAAGAGAUGACACAUUCAUACUUGAUACAACCGUGGCAACACUUCUCCUAGGAACUAUACUCACUGACACCAUCAACAUGAGUGAAGCAGCAGGCAAGACCACCGCCAGAGACGUAGCUGCCAUAGACACACUCAAACUGAUCCUGCCGCAAGUAGAUACGCAGGCCCUAUUUGAUGGCAUACACCAGGCCAAGACAGAUGUCAGUGGUUUAAGCAGCCAUGACCUGCUGAAGAAAGACGUCAAAUUGGUUGCUGGAGCCAGUCUGUCCAUUGCCAUGUGUUCAGUGAUGAUGUCUUCUCAGGAUUUGCUGCACAAGGAAGAUGUUGUAGCAGCACUCGGAUCCUUCACUGCAGAGAAUGCUGUUGAUGCUGUGGUAAUGAUGCUGUUGUCUACACCCAGGGGAGAACCUCACCGAGAACUGGCAGUGUAUUCCCCGCAACGCAUCUACAGACAACAGAUAGCAGAUGUCCUUGAGUGCUGCAGUAGUCCCAAUCUGAUGCUGGAGACCGUUAGUGAUGGUCCAGAUGAUAUUGCUGUCUUCAAUCAGGGAAAUGUGCAAGCCUCUCGCAAAAAGGUCAUGCCAAUACUCAAAGCUUUUCUUAAUGGAGAAAAAACCCCAGAUGAAAGUGUCGCUCUUGGUACGGUGCCGUUUGUGUCAGGUGGCAGCUCGUUAGGCCAGGGAGAGUCCCAGCAGGGAGAGAGACAUGCCAGUAGCCAGGGCCUGGAUGUGCUGUCACCUGACACAGUGGACCUGUUCCACCCAGCUGCCUCAACACACAGUGCAGAGACCAGUGCUUCGUCUGAGGGCCAGCUGACCAGUCCUGCACAUUUGUCGGAGCAAUUUGAUGCACUGUUCCUGGGCAACGAGGAGGCAGAAAGAGGGACAGAUUUAGCUGCUAAUGAGAAUGGAAAUGAAUCCUAUGUGAAUAGUUCUGCAGUGUUGUCGCCAGUAGGAUACAACAAGAGGGAGGAUGUGGACAACACUGACCUGUUAAACAACUUUGAUCCAUAUGCUCUGAUACCAUCUGCUGAUAAUGAAGACAAUACGGGAGAUACUCAGAGACCCUCAGAAUUGAUUGAUAACGUGAUCAAUACCAAGGCUGACGAUUUUGAGUUGACAGAAGCAGAUGUUUUACACCCAUCUUCAGGACAGGAUUUGUUUUCUUCAGGUUUGGAAAGCCCAAUGGACUUUUCCCCUGGGCAGAACUCCGGCCAGGGGUCUAAGGUGUCCAGUUACCCAGUGACCCCCCCAAACAGUUUCAUGGAUAAUGAAUACAGUGGGGUUGCCAUGGAACAUAAUUUACCUAGUUUUAACAGUUCUGAGAUGGUGGAGAGAAUUAAGGCCAAGAAGGCCUCUCUUGGAGCUGACACCGAGGGCGAUGCCUCAACACAGGACUUCCACAUGGACAGUGCACAGGGGGAACAGGACUUCACAUUUACUCCACAAAACAGCUACACUGACAGCAAUAUGGAGAAACACCUCAAGGAAACAGAACUACCUAGCUUUUAUAACUCAGAAAUGGUGCAACGUAUAAGAGAAAAACGAGCAUCCCUUGAGAAUGCUGUAAAUGACACAGAAAAUAAUCAGGAUGAUUUACAAAACAAAAUUCCAUGGACUCCACAUAAUAGUUAUGUGGAGGGAUCUUUGGAUGCCUUCACACAGGACAACCUACCUAGUUUUAAUAACGAUGAAAUGGUUAGAAAAGUUCAAGAAAAACGAGCAAGUUUGCCCUCCUUGGAUGAGAAUGAGAACGAAGCUGGUGCUAGUGGCUCUGAUGACAACCUUAGUUCAGUGGCAUAUACUCCGCAGAAUGGUGGUGUGGAGGGGGAGGAAGGCCCUAAGGGGAGGUACAUGGACACCACUCAGGCCACAGACUCAACAGCAGGCGCCAGUCCAGAAAUGGACCAUGCAUGCACACACAAUUCUGUGCCACAUGGGAAUCUGCUGGAUUUUGAAAUUUCUAAUACUGCUUCUAAUAAUUCUGUUGCCAACUUAAUAGCAAAUGAAAUGGUAAGUGACAUCAGUGGUGAACCUGCUAUAGCUCUGCAGCUGGGGAGACACCAGGUGUCUGGUCAUAAUAAUACCAGCAAUGUUGUAGCCAGCGCUAUAUCUGACCAGAUGGAGAAAGAGAGGGGAAUGAGGGACAGCCUCUCACGUCCCCCCUAUAGUAAUGGGGAUACUGAUGGUGCCACCAUACCUGCCAGUGAUGUCAUCAAGGGUUGGCAUAGCCCAGCUACCAAGGAGGACCAGAUGAGUGAAACAGCCAUGAAUGAGGUUGCCUUUACUCUUGCCAGUGAACUCAUUCAAAAUGCUCUUGAAACAUUCAUUCCACAUGAGGAGCUGAGCCAGGUAGCAGGGCCCUCUGAAACCUGUACGUCGUCUGAGGCCGUGGGACCGCAGGCAUCCGCCACACCCGCCACACCCCACCCAGAUGAGGUUGAAGCAGGACGAACUCCCAGGUACCUGAAGACACUUAGUAAGUCGGAUUCCAACACUGUUUCUGUAGAGACAGAAUAUCUACCUGAGAUGGACCCACUCCAUGGAAAUAUGGAUAUAGUUGACAGUGGUGCAUUAGAGACUGAUGCUGAGAGAGAAGUUGCAGAGAGUUGUUCUUUCAGGAGAAUAAGUUGUGAAAGGAGUGCUCUAACAGAUGGGGCAGAGCAGCUCGAGGGGGACACCUUGGCUGUCAGGAAAGUUAUACACAUAGACUCGGAUCUGAACAUGUCUCUUGAUGACAACUCUAAUGCUCAAGAUGAGGAAGUCAUUGGUUUGAAUGUUGAUGAUUCACAAUCCAAGAAAAGGAUACACGUAAACACUGGAGACAAGGAUAAAACUGUUGACAGCAUUGAGCAUGAUGAGAGUGUUAAUACUACCGGAGAAGACAGUGUGGAGAGCUGUUUGAAGGCUGGUGUGCCCCACUUCAGUGAUUCAGCUGGGGAGAGGAAGGAAGUGUACAUGACCUCAGCUGGGAGGAUCAGUAUUGGUGUGGACCAGGAUGUACCAGUGACUUGCCCUGCACACAACACCACUCAGGUAGGCUAUGUUGAUGCAGUUGCUGCAGCCCCAGACGAAGAGGUUUUUCUGCUACCCCAGCAUGCAUGUGAUCCCACUACACUGUGGUCUUCUGUACCCACCCAGCCAUGUGAUGUGAACCCUGUUGACGACCUGGCAUGUGCCCCCCGUCCUGUUUCCACCUCAACCUGCACAUCCCAAGUUUCCACAUCCUCACUAUCAAGUCAGCAGGAGAAGAUGAAAGGGGUGGAGCUGAAAGAUGAGUGGCAGGAUGACGGCUUCCCUGGCAUGUUGGCAGAGGGGAGUGGCACACGGGAUAAAGCACGGCCACGAACACUAGGGGCCUCUGAAGGCGGACGUGCCAAAAAGAAAAUAUUGCCAGACAUCAACUUGCUCAGCGAUGAAGAUGCUAGUGAAGGGGAUGUAUUGCCGGAUAUUGAUGAUCUUGAGACCCCCCAUGACCUUGACACACCAGAUGAUCUUGAAGACGGUGAUCUGGGUGAACUAGAAUGGGAAAAGAGAAUAAAGAAACUAAAAGACGACACACCAGUUCUCUCCCCUGAUGACAUUGACCCGAUCCCAGAAUAUACAGAACAAGAGGAGAAGCAUGAUGCACGGCACUGGAAGACAGUGACUGUCGGGGACAAGCAGUACAAGAUUGAUCUGAAGGUCAUUGAGCCCUACAAGAAGGUCCUGUCACAUGGAGGUUACUAUGGUGAUGGUCUGAAUGCAAUAAUCCUGUUUUCUGGUUGCUACCUCCCUGAUCGCCGCCGCAAGGAUUACAACUAUGUCAUGGAUAACCUUUUCUACUACGUGGUGCACACUCUUGAGCAGCUUGUUGCGGAGGACUACAUGAUAGUGUACUUUCACGGAGCCACGCCACGCAGGCAGAUGCCCAGCCUCUCUUGGCUCAAGAAAUGUUACCAGAUGAUUGACAGAAGGUUAAGGAAGAACCUCAAGGCCUUGCUCCUAGUUCAUCCUACACUGUGGCUGAAAACAGUUGUCAUGAUGACAAAACCUUUCAUCAGCUCCAAGUUUACAUCCAAGCUCCGCUUUGUGAGGACUUUGCAAGAGCUGUCUCAGCUGCUGCCCAUGGACCAUGUCUAUGUGCCGGACCAGGUGCAGAGCUUCGAUGCCAGCCUCCACAGCAGACCCACCUUGUCCACUCCCUCCACCCCCACCUCAGACCCUACCUCCCCUCAUUGAGCUCGCAGCAGAACAGAGUAGAUGACCUGGUCAGACACAACCCUGAAUACCUGGAGCAGCCUGAAGCAUCACUAUCAAAACAGCAGAAAAACACCUAGACACCGGCCAUUUAGGCACCACACACAACACAGCAGAGGAAGACCUAGACACCUGCCAUUUAGGCACCACACACAACACAGCAGAGGAAGACCUAGACACCGGCCAUUUAGGCACCACACACAACACAGCAGAGGAAGACCUAGACACCUGCCAUUUAGGCACCACACACAACACAGCAGAGGAAGACCUAGACACCUGCCAUUUGGGCACCACACACAACACAGCAGAGGAAGACCUAGACACCUGCCAUUUGGGCACCACACACAACACAGCAGAGGAAGACCUAGACACCUGCCAUUUGGGCACCACACACAACACAGCAGAGGAAGACCUAGACACCGGCCAUUUGGGCACCACACACAACACAGCAGAGGAAGACCUAGACACCUGCCAUUUAGGCACCACACACAACACAGCAGAGGAAGACCUAGACACCGGCCAUUUAGGCACCACACACAACACAGCAGAGGAAGACCUAGACACCGGCCAUUUGGGCACCACACACAACACAGCAGAGGAAGACCUAGACACCUGCCAUUUAGGCACCACACACAACACAGCAGAGGAAGACCUAGACACCUGCCAUUUAGGCACCACACACAACACAGCAGAGGAAAACCUAGACACCUGCCAUUUGGGCACCACACACAACACAGCAGAGGAAAACCUAGACUGCUGCCAUUGAAGCAACACAACACAGCAGAGGAAGACCUAGACUGAUGCCAUUGAAGCACCACACAACACAGCAAAGGAAGACCUAGACUGCUGCCAUUGAAGCACCACACAACACAGCUAACAAUUGGGGGGCAUUUAUCAGUGUCAUAAUCAAGUGACUGAAACAAGAAGGAAAAGAGUUUGUUACUGUAACAAUCAAUGGAAACUGACCUCUACUUUGGGGAUAUGUGUGACAUAUUAAUUAUACCAAAUGAAUCAAAGAAAGCUUCUUUUCCUGAAGGAAAGCAAGGAAAAUAAAUGAUACUACACAUUUCUCAAAUCCAUAUGAUACUCACUCAAAUGUGAACAAAAUAUUCAUUAUGCUUUUGUUUUAUUAAUUGCAGUGAAGAAGCAGGCUUUUCUAUAAAAGAAACAUGUUGAUUAUUGUCUACAUGGCAACAACAAUCCUAGAAAGACAAUGCAGUAUUACAGGAACAAGGAUGUCUGUAUAAUUAAACACGACAGAUUAUUGCAUAAUGCAUGUAAAAAUAAGUAUUAUACCUACUGUUGGAUGUCACAGUAGAUUUAGUAUUGCAUAAGCAGACACAGUCCUACAGAGUUACACACAGACAGGAACAAGAGUCACACAGGUGUACAGAAUUACACAAAGACAGGAACAAGAGUCACACAGAUGUACAGAAUUACACACAGACAUGACUUACACACAGACAGGAACAAGAGUCACACAUAUGUACAGAAUUACAAAGAGACGAGACUUACACACAGACAGGAACAAGAGUCACACAGAUGUACAGAAUUACACACAGACAUGACUUACACACAGACAGGAACAAGAGUCACACAGAUGUACAGAAUUACAAAGAGACGUGACUUACACACAGACAAGAACAAGAGUCACACAGGUGUACAGAAUUACAGACAGACAGGAACAAGAAUCACACAGAUACUCGUUUGCAGCUUUAGGUAUUGACAGUUAGUGAGUCAUCUGGUCCGUCUGUACCCUACCCUGUACAUAUGUACAGUGUCCCAGCCUGCUUGUAACAGAUGAACCCAUAACUUAUAGUAUUCUUGUGAACACCUCUGUUUCAACAUUAAGGCUUUGAUGACCUCGGUAGGUGAUCUGUUGUUGUUCCUUCACAAUACUAGUGAGUUCAAAUUAUGAAAUAAUUACUUGUAGCACUUUCUACUUGACCCAUUAUGAAGCAUAUUACCCUCUUGGUUGCAAAGUAUCUUUCAUAUACUCCUUAGUCUCUUCUUCAUGCACAAGUAUCGGUUGUAUUAUAUAUAUAAUAUUUAGAGAAAAAUAACGAAGGCAGUGUAGAACCUAAGCAACGCACCUGUUAAAUAUUUACAUGUACUGGUGUUAUUUUUCUGCAUCAUAGGCAUGAUUCCUUCGUUUUCAUGUAGAUGUGAUAUCAAUGUGCGCAUUCAUCUAUCUGGAAUUAGGACAAGUAGAUUAGAUAGAUGAUAAAGGAAAGUAAAAUAAUGUGGCAACAGAUUUUAGUUCUUUCAUGCUGUCACGAUCCAGUUUGUUCUAGCAGCUUGUAGCAGUGCCUUUCUGGAGUGCAGUGUGUGUGUGUGUGUGUGUCCUUUGGUGCAGUGAAAGAUGGUCAUUUUGCACUGUUAUAAAUUUCCCUUUUCGUGUGCAAUAAAUAUUAUUAAGUUGAUCCAUCAUAAUUACUUUCCAUUCAGAUGUAUGUGUAGCAGCCUCUGUGUGUUCUAACGAUAUGACAUAUCAUGUUUAUGUUGGUAUAUUGUUUUCUUGUGACAGUACUGGUUACGUUUAACUGACAGCCAUUUGCACAGAAGUGCGUCCUGCCACAUUUGCUGCCCUACACAUACACCAGUCUCAGCUUUGGUGGCAUUACAAGGUUCCCCUGGGUAGUUUGUAAGUGCAGAUGUUUUCCAGUAUACUGCCUAUGGUACCCUGCAUUACCCUGUGUUACAUACAUGCCAGUAAGUACUGAGGCCACUCCUGUGUAUUAUGCUUUCCAGGUGAUAAAUGUUAUUUGCCCUAGCUGACAUGCAGCAACUUGUUUGUACCUUAAUUAAAUAUCAUAAACAGAGCAAUUGCAUUCCAGGAUGUCCUACCUGUUCAGUAUAAGUCCUCAUCUUGUAAAGGCUAAAACUGAUGGCAAUAACCUCUUCUUAUAGCUUAAGUCGGGUUUUGGAGAUGGUCACAAUACACCAGUAGGAGGUGGCGCUACACCAAUUUGCAUGACAUGGUGGUUAUUGCAAUAGGUCUGAUUAGAUGUUCAAGAGCAAUCCUUUCCUGGGCAUGACCAGUUUCAAUUCACAACAUGUGUCUCCAGGAAUCCAUCAGUAUAACUGUUAUUUACUUUGGAAAUAUCGUACUUCUUUCAUUUUUAUGUAUUUAUUUUAUCAAAAAUUGUAGUUUUAUUUGUGUGUCCAAAUUUAUGUACUUUUGCGUGCAAUGGUCCUGUGCACUUCAGGUCAACAUACUAUUUAAUUUCAAGUUUUAUAUCUGUGUUAUGUAUCAGUAUUCAGGGUCCUGCUUGCAGUGUAUUAUUUUAGAUGAAGAUAUUGAAUAUUCACAUUUUGACUACUUUCCUCUGUGACGUACGAAUAAAUAUUAAAAAUGUU